UCACGGGAACGAAAAGUCGAGCAGAACAUGUCGUCGACAACUGUUGUGGAAACUAAUCGAACUGCAUCGCAGGAAAAUGACGUCCUUGGAGCCGUUGGCAACGUAGAACAUCAUCCGAUGAUCAGAUUCAUCGAGCUGCAGGAUAAACAGAACAAUGUUACAGAGGUUCAAAUUCCUGUUCCGUACGGUGUAGUUGCUGGCAAGUGGUUCGGCCCGCAGAACGUCCGACCGAUUCUGUGCUUACACGGAUGGCUUGAUAAUAGUGGCACAUUCGAUCGUUUGAUUCCUCUACUUCCGGAAAAUGUAAGCUUUCUAGCGAUCGAUCUUCCCGGGCACGGCUACUCAUCACGCAUUCCAGAUGGCAUGGCCUAUUACCAGAUCGAUUGCAUUCCACUCAUUCUCAACAUUAUGCGCGAAUACGGCUGGUCAAAGGUGAGCCUAAUGGGCCACUCGAUGGGUGCGAUUAUAUGCUUCAUAUUUGCGGCCCUAUUUCCGGACAAAGUUGAUAUACUGAUCGGUUUGGACGCGCUUAAACCGCUCAGCUACUAUCCGGAUCGGUUCCCGCAGCGUAUGAACAAAACGGUGCUUAAAUUCAUCCAGGCCGACAUUCGAAAUCAAGAAAAAUCUGAACCACCUUCGUACCGGUAUGAAGAGAUGAUCGACCGACUGUACGAAGGCACGGCAGCUUCCGUUUCGCGGGAAACUUGCCCUUACCUGUUGCAGCGCAACAUCAAACCCUCGCGCAAGUUCCCGGGAAAGUACUUCUUCGAUCGGGACAAUCGCAUGAAAUACAACGUGAUCCCGGGCUGGUCGGACAGUAUUAAUGUGGAGCUAGCAAAGCGCAUCACGGCUCCCUUCCUGACCGUGAAAGCGAUCGACUCCCCUUAUCCAGGAUCCAAAGAGGGCUUCGAACAAACAGUGACCAUUUUGAAGGAAUCGAACCCUAACUAUGAGGUAGUGAUCGUGCCCGGUUCGCACCACGUUCACCUUACGGAACCGGAACAUGUCGUGCCGGUGGUGGUGGACUUCCUGCGGAAGCAUUGGCAUAAACAGGAAGACAUAGUCAGCAAACUUUAAGCUGGUUUGGGUCGGCCUAGGUUUUGGGUGAACUUGUAAAAAAACGGGAAACAUAGGUUGCGC